CCCUGCAAUAGACACUUUCGGAGUAUCUCUACUCGAAGGUUGGAUCGAAUAAGUGGAAAUGGAGUCGGGAUCGUGGAGACUGCUAUCGUGCUGGAUAUUUAUCCUUGGAGCGGUGCAGGCAAACGUUCAGAGCAAAGUGAGAUGCUCCGAGCAGUGGAUGGAGGUUGACAUCGUGAGGAGUAGUCCACAGGCGAGGAUAUAUCUUCAACAGAUGAAGGACUUUCCAGACGAAGCUUGCAAGCCACGGUUGAGCAACGGUGUCGCCACGUUCCGAUUGCCGCUCCUCGAACAGGACAUGCUGCGAUGCGGUAUCACCAGGGUCGUUAACAAAGUCACGGGUCAGAAGGUGUACUUUCAUCGGAUAAUAGUGGAGGAGCCCGCGGAUUCCAACAAGCACACGUUCACCGUGAAGUGUGUUAUCACCGAAGUCGUUGUGAAACCUGGAAUCUUGAUCGCGGCCAAUCACACUGCCGUCCGAAGGAGCGUUCUUCCAGCAGGCUUUCAGGAACCUGACGUGAUCGACAUCAGGGGAGAGAUUUCCGAGUCUGCACCGGUACCGAUAUUGGGUGUCGGCGUUAGGCAAGGUGGCAAUCUCGUCACUGGAGAACUGAACGUCAGUCCAGGAACACCGUUGCAGAUGGAGAUCUUUUUGGACAACGGCUCUGCCCCGGUUUACGGCCUUUUGGUCACUUACAUGCUCGUCACAGACACGAAAUCUCAAGAGGAGACGAUCAUUAUCAACGGCUGUUCAGUGGACCCCUAUCUCUUCGAGAACUUCAACACGGUGGACGGUGAUUUCCUCACGGCGAAAUUCCGCGCUUUCAAGUUCCCAGAAAGUACUUACGUUCAGUUUCGCGGUACCGUUAACGUCUGCCUGGACAAGUGCCAAGGGAUCGAGUGUAGCAACGGUCAAAUUGGAUUCGGAAGAAAGAGGAGAGCCAUCGACGUUUCCAACACGGAUAAGAACAAGCUGUUCGAAGUGACCAUGUCUGCUCUCAUCAAGGUCGACUUCGAGGAAGAUGCUGUGGUAGACAAAGCUCUGUCCGAGUUGUACAUCAGAAGGGGAAAGAACAGGACGAAAGCCAGAGCGGUGAUCGCUGAAGAAGUGAGGGAACAGGCAGCUCCGACGACCAUCAGGACAGAGGAGAGAGCUUUCAUAGCGCAAGAAGUGAAGGAACAGUUCAAGUACAAGGUUACCGAGACGGAGAUGAGCGGUUUUUUUACAGCGCUCUUGCCCAUCCUCCUUAUCCCUCUUUGCCUUUGCAAAUUCUUGUAGGAUCCAAGAGAAACGUCGGUUGACGAGCGACUGUAAAUAGAACGCAGCUUGAGAACCGGCGGAAUGGACCGAAUCUCUUAGCCGGAUGUUAGUGUAAUUCCUUUUUCCUUUCUGUGCACGGGGGGAGAAACCGAUCGUGC